AUGGGCUGGGCUCGUACAUUGAAUGGGGAUGCCCAAGCGACAACAUAUUUCGACGUGUCGAGUUUCGGUGCGGUCGGCGAUGGCAAAACUGAUGAUACGCAGCGUGACCUCCCUAAGCGGCCAAAACGGGCUACGGCCAGUAGCUGGUUCAAGGCGUUUUUUAAAGCAUGGGAUGCAACGUGCAAGAGUAUGAGUCCCUCAAAUCUCAUCGUUACGGGCGGGAAGUCCUUUUUACUCGCUCCCCUCACCUUGGAGGGCCCUUGUCAUUCUACUCCGAUCACCAUUCAGGUUUUUGGAAGCAUUGUUGCUUAUCCAGACACAGAUUCAGUUUGGGGUGGCCAUUUAAAUGAGUGGAUCGCCAUCAAACUUACGAAUGGCCUUAAUAUCGAAGGUGAUGGCACCAUCGAUGGCAAAGGACAACUGUGGUGGCCCAAAAGAUGCAUUGAAAACCAGUUCCAUGGAUGUUAUGAAAGGGGUCCUGCGGCAUUGGCUUUCCAUAACUGUGAUAAUUUGUAUGUGAGAGGCCUCCACUUUGUGAACCCAGGUCAACAACAUAUGAAAAUAGAGGACUCCACUUAUGUUUACAUGGAGCAACUGCAUAUGACAGCACCAGGAGACAGCCCAAACACCGAUGGCAUACACAUCCAAGGCUCUCAGCAUGUCACCAUUAAAAACUCUACCAUAGCCACUGGUGAUGAUUGCAUUUCCAUCGGUGAUGGCACUUAUGAUGUAAAUAUCUCACAAAUCGCAUGUGGACCUGGCCAUGGCAUAAGCAUUGGAAGUCUAGGCCAAGGUGGGUCCACGGAAACUGUGGAAAGGAUAUAUGUUUGGGACUCGUACUUCACUGGAACUACAAAUGGGGCAAGGAUUAAGACAUGGCAGGGCGGAUCUGGAUUUGCUAGAGACAUUGCAUUCCAAAAUCUCAACUUCUGGAACGUGGAAAAUCCUGUUAUCAUCGAUCAGAACUAUUGCCCACAUACAACCUGCCAGGAUAAGAAAUCAGCUGUUAAAAUUAGCAAUGUGAAGUUCAUCGGUCUUUAUGGCACUUCGGAGAAGCCAUUGGCGGUGACGCUGGAUUGCAGCCAGACUGUCCCAUGCACUGACAUAGUGUUGUAUAAUAUUGAGCUUAAUACCAGUAACGCUUACUACAAGACCACCUCUUACUGCUCCAAUGUCCAGGGCACCGUAGGAGGUAUUUGUUAUCCUGCUGUUCCAUGCUUACAUUACGUCUGA